AUGUCGAUAGUAGUUACAGAGAAGGAAGAAGAUAUAAUAAAUAAACUAGAACAUCCAGAAUUAAUACAAGAUGCAUCAUCAUCACCACCACCACCACCACCGAAAUAUAUUGCAUUUAUGGCAGGGAUGUUUUCAGGUAUUGCUAAAAAUGCAGUUGGACAUCCAAUGGAUGUAUUAAAAUGUAGAUUACAAACAGCACCUCAAGGACAAUUUAAAGGAGUAUUUGAUUGUUUUUGGAAAACUUUAAAAUUUGAAGGACCAUUUGGAUUUUAUAAAGGUUUUACCCCACCAUUAUUUGGAUGGGUAUUUAUGGAUUCAAUUAUGCUUGGUUCAUUACAUACUUAUCGACAAUUAGUUAAAGAAUAUAUUUAUCCAGAAGAAAAAAAAUUACCAUUAUUAGGUCAUAUGAUUGCUGGUUUAGGUUCUGGAUUAACUGUUAGUUUUGUAGCAGCACCAAUUGAACAAUUUAAAGUUAGACUUCAAGUUCAAUAUGAUAAUAAAUCAAAAAUUUAUACUGGACCAAUUGAUGUUGCUAAAAAAAUUUAUAAACAAGCAGGUAUAAGAGGAAUUUAUAAUGGUUUAGCUUCAACUAUGAUAUUUAGAACAAAUUUUAUAUGGUGGUGGGGUUCAUAUGAAUUAAUAACUCAAUAUUUUGAAAAAAAUACUAAAUUAUCAGCUCCUGCUAUAAAUUUUUGGGCUGGUGGUUUAAGUGCUACAGUAUUUUGGAUUUUUGCUUAUCCUUCAGAUGUAGUUAAACAAAAUAUAAUGCUUGAUAAUCCAAUUAAAUCUCAAAAAAAAUUCCCUCAUUGGAUAGAUGCCGUGAAGUAUAUUUAUAAUGAAAAAGGUUUAAAAGGUUUUGGUAAAGGUUUUAUUCCUGCUAUUAUAAGAUCUUUCCCUGCUAAUGCUGCUGCACUUUUAGCAUUUGAAUGGGUAAUGAGAUUAUCCAAAUAA